AAAAAAAAAAAAAAAAUCUCGAGAUGUGUUGAGCUUAUGUUGGGAUUCUCCGGUUGAUUGGUUCUGUCGGUAGGGGUAUCUUGUGUUUUUUUUUUUUUGAAUUUUUCAAUUUCUCCGAAAGACUUAGCUUUCGGAGAUGAGUGGGUGUUUGCCCUGCUUUGGAUCUUCGGCUAAAGACGCUGCUUCCAAAGAUUCGGUUAAGAAGGAAGUUUCAGCUAAAGACGGCUCAGUUACUCAGUCUCACCAUGUCAGCUUAGAUAAAUCAAAGUCUCGACGAGUUCUUGAACAAAAGAAGGAGUUAACUGCUCCAAAAGAAGGGCCAACCGCUCAUAUCGCUGCACAAACGUUUACUUUCCGAGAGUUAGCUGCCGCAACUAAAAACUUCCGACCGGAAUGUCUUCUUGGAGAAGGAGGUUUCGGACGUGUUUACAAGGGUCGUCUAGAGACCACAGGACAGAUAGUAGCUGUUAAACAGCUUGAUCGAAACGGUCUACAAGGAAACAGAGAGUUUCUUGUAGAGGUUCUUAUGCUAAGCCUUCUGCAUCAUCCCAAUCUUGUCAAUUUGAUUGGUUAUUGCGCUGAUGGUGACCAGCGUCUUCUUGUCUAUGAGUAUAUGCCACUAGGAUCAUUGGAGGAUCAUCUACACGAUCUUCCUCCGGAUAAAGAGCCUCUAGACUGGAACACUAGAAUGACAAUAGCGGCAGGAGCAGCAAAGGGACUAGAGUAUUUGCAUGAUAAGGCGAACCCACCUGUCAUCUACAGAGAUUUGAAAUCAUCCAACAUUCUUCUCGGUGAUGGCUAUCACCCAAAGUUAUCUGAUUUCGGGUUAGCUAAGUUAGGUCCCGUGGGAGAUAAGACACACGUGUCAACUCGUGUGAUGGGUACAUAUGGUUAUUGUGCACCGGAAUAUGCCAUGACUGGACAACUCACAUUGAAAUCGGAUGUUUAUAGCUUUGGGGUUGUGUUUCUCGAGCUCAUCACUGGUCGAAAAGCCAUUGAUAAUGCUCGAGCACCCGGAGAGCACAACCUUGUUGCAUGGGCUAGGCCGUUGUUCAAAGAUCGUAGAAAGUUCCCAAAGAUGGCAGAUCCAUCGCUGCAAGGGCGGUAUCCAAUGCGUGGUCUAUAUCAAGCACUUGCAGUUGCAGCAAUGUGUUUACAGGAACCUGCAGAGACUCGGAGUCGGUUAGGGUCUCCAUCGACUCACAAGAACUCUCCUGAUUACAGAAGAAGAGACAUGGUGAGGGAAGUCAAUGCGGGAUCAGAGGGAGGGAGCGAGACAGGAGGCGGGUCAGGGAGAAAAUGGGGGUUAAGCGAUUUGGAAGGGCCAGAGUCACAGAGAGGGAGCCCAGCGAGUGUUGGGAGGACAUCGAGAGGGACUCCCAGGAACCGAGAUUUAGAUAGAGAGAGGGCUGUAGCGGAAGCAAAGGUGUGGGGAGAGAAUUGGAGGGAGAGGAAGAGGGCUACCAAUGGACCAGGCAGCUUUGAUAGUACGAAUGACUAAAACGGGAAAAGGGGAAAAAAACUGUAUGAAAGGGAGAGAGCUUUUGUCUUUGUUCCAAGAGGCAAAUGGAGAGAGAGAGAGAGGCUUUGGGGUCAUUAUGAACAUUUGUCGGGUCAGGUCGGUCAGUUGUCGGAUUUGAAUGUCUGAGUCGAGAGAGACUCUUCCUUCAAUAUUGUGGUUGAAGCUCAAGAACAUAUAUCAAGGAAGAGUUUGAGAAAGACUGAUGAAUAGAGAGAGAUUGGGCAAUUAGGAGGCGAAGAAGAAAAGCUUCUUUUUUAAUGUGAUGUUCUUGGGGGUUUCUAUUUCUUUUCUUAAUGGGUUGUAUAUGUAAGUAAUAUGGGAGGGAGAAUUAAGUCGAUUUUAUAAUUUUUUCUGUACU